UCGAAAUACUCUUGUACGCAAAUUAUUUUUAUAUUCAGCAAAAAUAUAUUAUUUGAAUUGUAAUUAUAUAAUAACGCAUUCGGAUUAUUGUAGAUCUUAUUCGAGUUCUAAGUGAAAGUGAAAAUCUAUGGGUCUCAAAAAGGUCUCUUGAUAAUUAACCGACUGAGCCAAAAAAAUGGACGAGAACGAGGAAUUUAUUCUCAAGAUCGACUGCCUUUUGGAGAUAAUAAAAUAUGUGAUUGCUGAUUGCGAGGCGGAGCGCAGUUAUUGCGAACUGUUAAAAUAUAAUGAUUUAAUCAACUUUGUGCUGGCCCAUGAAUUUUUCCUGGAACUGCUUAAGACUCAUCACAAACAUCUGUAUGCGGAUCUUGAAAUGCCUCUGGUAUGCAGAAUUACAAAGAUACUAAUCGAUCGACGAGUCAAUAAGUCAUCAAACGGGAAUGAAUAUUUCUGGAAAUCCCUUCUGCAAUCUAUCAACCAAAAAAGCCCUUUCUAUGUUAGAUUAUCUUUCGAUGAUGUUAGCAUAUACGCUCGAAUAACUAGCAUUUUAGAUAAGCACCUCUCAUACGAUUAUACAGAAAAGAAAAAUGUAAAUAUUUCAUCAGAAAUGUUAAUUGACAUCUGCCAAUGGAACCAAAAUUUGAGAUCCUUGUCCUUUGAGGACACUGAAAUCCAAGGAAGUCCUUCUGAUUUUGCUCCCCAUUGCGGAAAUCUUGAGGAGCUAAGAAUUAAGUUGAAUCCGGAAAACGGCGUUGCCCAAUAUGCAUCGUUUGCCAAGUUACCCCAUUUUAAAUCAUUUAUUAUAACUGGAGUUGAAAGUGGAUCUCAACUACUAUUCUUUAAUGAUUUAAAGAAGUGGCCUAAAAGUCUUACACCUUUAACACUGACCAUCGAAUAUAUUAUGACCGAAAAAAGAACGUCAAUUACAUUUGCGACUUUAAAAUCUUUAAAAUCUUUAAAAACAAAAAGUAUCGACUUUUUUAAGUACGGUAAACACUGUGUGUUAUUUAAAGCUGAGUACGAUUUAUGUAAAAUAUCGGAAGAAAAUUUUUCAAUUGAAGAAUCUCUCGCAAACAAUAUUUUCGAUAGGAAUGUCUUCAUUAAGUUUGACAGGAAUAAGGGAGAACUUCAACUAAAGAUAGAUCAAAAUUCGUACAUUGGCCAAAUGGGUUCCUUAUCAAAACUUCCCAAUCUAAGUUGCUUGAUCAUAAAUAAUGCAUGUGAACGAAAUCCCAGUACACUUGCACAAUUUCUCAGAUCAAUGGUUCCAAAUGGGUCAUUUGCUUUAAAAUACUGCAUAAUAACUAAGGGGUCUGUAAACCAAUUAGUGUGCCUAGAACUUGCAAAAAUAAACUCUAUUCGGUUACUGGCGUGCGAGUUCUCCGAAUUGGACUUGGUCAAGUUUUUGAAACCAUUAACUAACUUGCAGUACCUGGUAAUCGAUGCUCAAAAGUCCACUAAUUUCAAUACUUCAGACGUAGUUUCUAGUAUGCUAAAUGCAUGUCAGGUACAUGCUACUUUAAAUUGCCACGAUUUUAAAAUCAUCUUAAACAAGAUUAAGAAAACUAUGGUAGUUCUUAUGUACACGGAGUGUAAGGCUGACAUUCUAACACUUCUUGCUCUUCUUAAGGACGUUAACACCCUCGAAAUCUCAGGGUGGCCAACUGGAUCACUUAAUCCACUUUUCGAUGUAAUUGCCACCAGCAAUUUAAGUGCCAUCGAAGAAUUAAAUAUAAGAUAUUUGCAUGACAAAAGUUUUGAAGAUGUCUCAAAAGUGUCAGAAAUGCAAAACAUUAAGAAAUUGUCAUGCUCCUUUACAAAUUUUGCUGGAAUUGAGAGUUUGGCCGACUUGAAUAAUCUUGAGGAUUUGACUAUAUCAGGAGAAGGAAACCUAGCCCCACUUUUCAAGAAACUCGCUGACAGGAAUAGAGUACAGCGUAUUCACCUUUUGAAAAAAAUCGUUCCCGAAGAGGUUAAAACGCUUUCCCAAAUAAGGUCAAUGAAAAAACUACACUGCCGAUUUACUGAAUUGGAAGAUUUACAGUCCUUGUCUGAGCUAGCCAACUCGAGUGUUGAAGAUUUGAUUGUAAACUUAUCAAGUCCAAGCAAUUCCCUACAAAAAUUAUUUGCAGCAUUUUCUUCAAGUACCACCACUAGGCUGCAGUGCCUAGAAAUUUUUUACAAAACGGAUGACACUGCCUCUUGUAAAACUCUUGACACAACAGAAAUGUCUGAAAUUUCUAAAAUAAAAGGUCUAAAAAAAUUAAGUGCAGGAUUCAUUAAUGCAGAAUGCACGCAGAUGUUAGUCCGAUUACCAAAUCUGGAGCACUUAGUAAUUAAACACGUUUGGCAAUAUGAAAUAAGCCCAUUGGAACAUCUUUUGUGGGAUUCGGUUCACAAGUCACCGAGUACUCUUAGAAAAUUAGACUUAAAAUUCUGGAUUGGAUUCAAUGAAUGUAACUCCGUGUCUCAACUUGAAACUUUGGAGUCUUUAAGUUGCAAAUUGAACGAAGAACCGGGGAUAGAAAUUUUGGCGAACAUAAAAAAACUAAAAGAGUUAAUCAUCUAUAAGGCAGAGGGCUCUCUCAGUAAACUUUUUCGGGCUUUUGCAUUGAAAAGUGAGUCAACUUUACAAGAACUUCAUACACCAAUUAUAUGUUCAGAUGAGAUACGUGAAAUAUCGCAUAUUGAAUCGCUUUUGAAGCUAAAUAUUUAUAAUAAAAGAGGAAUUAACUUCUGGCUAAAUCCUCCAAAUGGCCAUAAUUCACUAAACAUAGAUAGCAAUAUCUUAUUGCCGAUUUUUCAAUCUUGUCAAAAACUCGAUUGCGUCACAUUCGAUUUUGAAUCCGGCGUGGCAAUGGCUUCCAACUUUGUAAGCGAAGUAAACACAAUUUUGAAAUCCAUAAGGAAUUCUUCACUUCAAAAACCGCUGAAACUGGCUUUACUUGGAAAAUCCACAUCUUCAAAAUUCCACUUAGAAGACAUAGAUGAAGCAUUCUUGACUGUCUCCUAUUCAACAAGUGAUCUAUAUAAUGCUGUAGGACUUUCAUAUGAUUCAUCCGAAUCAUAUUCCAACGACUCAGACAUCGCCAACCCAGAUGAAUAUGAAUUAAACAAUUUCAAUCUUUUUUCUGGCUGAGCAGAAAUAUAUAUUAUAAAUAUAAAUAUGACUGACUUUAAUAUAAAAAUGUAUUAAGUCUUUGAUUUAGCUUCCUCACUUUAAUUGAACUAUUGAAUGGCUAGCCGCAAAACCAGUUCCGUUU